CUUCGGGGCCCGAACGAACGUACGCACGCAUACUGUACUGGUACCUGCGGAUGUAUAUAUCGGAAGUUUUGUAUUGUUCGAUGCGGAUAGAUUAGACUUUGUGUACAUUGAGAGGGCGCAGAAUUGGCGUAGAGUUGGUUGCCGGUGAACACCGCUGGAAGUUUCGCUUUCCAGUUUGGAGAAUAAAGCUUGGUAUUUUUCGUCUUUUGCUCGCCGACUCACUUAGGAAUUGAGAAUCGUGUGGAAUAUACAUACCCAGGAUAAAAUCAUCUCACUUCUGAGAUAGUUUCAUCCCUCUUUUCCAAUUUGAAAGUGAUUAAAACUCGAUUGCUACCAUGCAGCUUUUGGCGUUUUUCACCUCUGUGCUGGUGGCGGUCGCCUGUCUCCUAGCGAUGGAGCAGCUCCCGGGCGUCACCGGAGUGCAAAUCCGGCGAAACGGUAAAACCUGUCAGGAAUAUCCCGUGGAAAAACGCGAAGAAAUCGCUAAUGUGGUCAUCUCGGGUUACAUUCACCGUAUCAUGAGGAAGCCUAGGACUAUCAUGUACGAUUGCGACAUCGAAGUCGUUCGCGUGUUCAAAGGGUCCGAAGCUUUGUACUCUAAUGUUGUUCCGCCUAUGGACGGCAAUACGAUUCAGAUCGGCGGCUUUGGCGACCCGGCGAUCUGUGACAAUGCCGUUACCCCAGGCGAAACCAGAAUCUUCAUGAUGAAUAAAAAUGGAAAUGGACACCUGAUGCUGAACUCUAGCGUCAUCAGAAUCACCCUCAAUAACUUGGUCCAGGCUGAGGCUGCAGUAUUUGUAUGUGAUGGAGUUGAUCCCGCUGGGUAAGGGGUGUGGAGGAAAUUAUUUUCCUGGUUCCUUAGCGAGGCUCCUACUUUCAUCAGUUCAGGUGAGCGUAAGGUCAGCAGACCUCUUCUUCUCAUCUUCUUUCCACUUCUUGUAUAGUGUCUUCUAUGUACAUGUACAUGUAGGUAUGAACUAGUACAUUGUAUAUGAUGACAUCUUAUGUACUACUUGCCUUUUAGGUCGAAGCUAGAGUUCCCUCUCUCAGCUAACGGUUUAAAUGUAAUGUGUAUCUAUUACUUGGUAUGCAUUUAUAUGCU